AUGCAAGAUGACGGAACGAUUCUAAAUUUCUGUAAUCAUUUUUGGGGUAAAGAAGAGCGAGGGGUGGAUGUACUAUUUGGUCGAAUGAAUGAAGCAAAGAAUAUUUGCGAGGAGAUAAGAGUGUUUUAUAAAGAUUGGGCGACAAUAGAAGAAGAAUAUGCACGAAGAUUGCGCCGUUUGGUGCGAGGAACAUUAGGAUCUCAUGAAAUUGGGACAAUGCGUGAAAGUUUUGAUACUUUACAAAAGGAAACAGAAACAAUUGCAAAACAACAUUCUAAUGUUGCACUUCAGAUCCGUGGAGAAUUAGAAGAGCCAUUGCAUGCAUUCUCUAGUGAUAUGCGUACAAAUAGAAAGGCGAUUCAAUCAAAUUUAGAAAAACUUCGUAGGAUAAAAAUAGCACAGGUUAAUCAAGUUCAGAAGUGUAAGGAAAAAAUAGAGGAUAAAAGUGGCAAAGCGAGUGGACAAGCAUCUCAAUUGAGUUUAUUUUUAGGAAAAAGUUCAGAGAAAAAUAAUCAAAAGGUGGAUAAAUCACAAAUAAUGGCUCAAAAUAACAAUGAUUAUUUAUUGGCUAUUACUGUACUUCAAGAAACAUCUAUUAAAUGGAUUCGAGAAUGGAAAAUCGCAUGUGAUAAAUUUCAAGAUCUUGAGGAAAGGCGUCUCGAUUUUAUCAAAUCUAGUUUAUGGACAUUUUCUGGGAUUAUAUCGGAAACAUGUAUUAGUGAUAGCAAGGGAUUUUUUAAAUUAUUCUCUUUUAUAAUUUUUAAUCAAUUUAUAUUGUUUAUUCGGACUAAAGGAACUGGUCAGGAGAUUCCAAAUCCUCCUAAAUCUAAAGAUCCGUAUAAUAAUGGGUUUGAGGAUUUGAAUGAUCCGACAUGUUCUAUAGCUCAAUUUUCUCGAGUUAGCGAUCCUCAGUUUCAUUCUGAUGCUAUUAUGCAACGCUCUAUAUUUAAUGAAAAUAGUGUCUAUCUAUCUCCGAAAAUUUCUUCAUUUAUUUCAAAUAGCCAACCAGAACCCUCUUUAAAAACAGAUGUUAAUAAAGUGCCUUUUGAUGGUAUUACUCAACUUUGUAAAAGUGAUUCCUUAUUGGAUUCAUCAAAUACCAAAAGAUUCUCUCCUACUGCUUCAGCGUAUCCACAUAGUAAUGAGACACAAGUGGCUGCUCCAUUAUUCAAUUAUAGGAAUCAUGAUGAGAAAGAUUUAUCAAUGGCUUCUAAAACUAAGAAAAAAGAUAGGAAUUCUUUUAAUAUUAAUGAUAAAAGAUUAGGCUAUCUAUCAUCUAUGGAAGAAACCGCUAAUGAAAUAAAUCAAACUGGAUAUCGAUCUACUCUUUCAUAUAAGAAUUCUAGCAUUAAAAAGAAUUGUGAUACAGCUAAAUCUCCAUUAUUUGAAAGACUUAAAGGCAUGGGUGUAGUUAGUGAUUCUGAAAUUGAAUCAAUUGAUCCGCGUGCUAAUGUGAUGUUAAAUGCGGGAAAUAAUCUAUUCAAAAUAGAAACGGAUGGAAAAAAGAAAAAGCUGGAGAUACAUAGUUCUGAAGAUCCAAUUGUGACUGCGCUUAAUCAAUUUAAAGUUUCUUCUAAAAUGUCUCCAAAAAAAGAACCAAGAGUCUCAUGGCAUGACCCUAUUGAUGAUAAUAAUAUUCAAAAUCCUGAGAUUAUGGGAAGAAGACACUAUUUCCCUAGUGAACCGCAAAAACCUCCUUUAAAUAUUCGUUCAUCUAUACCAGUACCUCAAAAACCUGCUUUGUCUAUACCUAAUAAAUUUGUUAAGCGAGAUCCUCUUAGUGCAUCUCCUUCCUCUAUACCAGCAACAAAAAUGAAACAUAUGACUCAAGCAUAUACUAAACAGGUAAAUGAUAUUUAUAGUACAUCAGAAAAGGAUAUAUAUCCUUUACAAUAUGGUACUAUGCCAAUGAAUAAUAAUGACUUCUGUUACGGUCACAUCAAAGAAAAUAUGUUUUCAGAAAAAGAAGUAAUGUCAAUGGCUAAGGGAAAGAAUCACAAUACAAGACUUGGUUCUUCAGAAAAUAUGCUAUUGUCAGAAGCUUCUGAAAGACCAUAUAUGGAUUAUAGACGUGUUUUAGGAGCAUCAAGUCCUCAGCUAGAAUAUCGAACUAUUUCUCCAGAAAACGAUUAUCCUAGAUCAGGAUCACGUUCUCCAAUUGCUUAUAAGUCUACUCCUCCUGGUGCAUAUCAUCCAUCAAGAAUUGGAAGGCCUAUGGAACCGUUUCAGGAUGAUCGUAUAUCACGUCCAUUAACACUUCUUCCUGCUACGGAAAGUCCCGAUCACUUUUAUAACCGUGUUUCAAGACGACAACCUCCCGUAUCAUCAGCCUUUGAUAUUUCACUGGAUGCUGAUGGUAAUUUAAUAAAUAAAUAUUCUAGAGCGAGAAGUGCUUCGCCUUGUCCUAGUAGUUAUAGAGCAAUAUCUAGAAGCAAAUAUAAUAUGCAUACGGAACAUAUACCAUAUAGCACAUCAAUUCCUAGUGGAUAUGGAGACUAUUAUAAUGAGGAUACACGGAUCUUUAACUCUCCAUUAUCUCACAAUGAUAAAAAAACAUAUAUGAAUAAUGGUCUAGCUCCUUCACAGUAUACUAAAGAUGGAAAAAGAAUAUUGUUUUAUGUUCGUGCAUUAUAUGAUUACAUGGCUGCUAUUCCUGAAGAAAUAAGCUUUGUUAAAAAUGAUGUUCUUUUAGUAUUGGAUAUGCAGGAAGAUGGAUGGUGGGAAGGUGAAGUUUUAAAUUCGAAAAACUCUAAGCGUGGUUUGUUUCCCAGUAAUUUUGUGCAACGCACUACAUUUAUUUCAUAA